GAAGGAAUGCGAAUGCAUGGAUCCAUGCACAAGGGAAAACCAGUAAGAAGAUCCCCAUACGAUAUUCGAACAAGGGUCAUGGAAAAGCCAUCGAAGCCAUGCGUUGUCGUCGUAUGACUGGGGGGCGUUUAUGCCUAGUACUUAUCAUUCAUGCAUAAGAGAGAGGCGUAGCUUUGGUCAUGCCACACGACAUCGUUUGCUUAGUGCAACUUAAUCCAGAGGCUGACCGGGGGGGAAUGUAUGGAUCGGGAUAAGGUAGCAACAAAUGGUUCCAUUUUCGGAAAUUCUCUGCAAGAGGGGUUUUCCGACGGAUGCGGGGCAGUUCUGGAUCGGGCGGUUCCGCCGCGGACAUUGGACGAAAUGCUGAUUGGCUGGGGAAACAGGCAAAGGUUGUACCGGGAACGGACCAAUGGGCGGUGGGGACUGAUGGGGGUGGGGUCUGAACGCGGCAUUGCUGUUCUUAGCCGAGUCGAGCUUUACGGAGGUGGAGAGACUUAUCUAUUAGCUACUUUGUAGUGAAGGUAAUGAUGGUCAGGAUAGAUGGAGGACAAAUAUAAUUUACUAUAGUAAAAUUUUGGAAGGGGACACAAGAGACUCCUAAUAUCUAGUGGUAGUCCCUGGACCAAAAU